CCCGUCGCUGGAUUUGAUCAUAUCGUGGGGUUCUACUGGAAGAAGCUUCGUGGUUUGGGACCCUGUGGAGUUUUCGAGGCUCAUCUUGCCUCGGAAUUUCAAGCACAGCAAUUUCUCGAGCUUUGUCCGCCAGCUUAAUACUUAUGUGGGUAUUUGCAGUAGCACAGCCUCUAUUGGCUGAUGUCAUCUGUCUGUAUGUAGAUUUUGUUGUUCUCUGGUUUGUUUUCCUUCUUUUGCUUUUGUUUUAGCUUUAUUUGAAACUGUUGUUUGUGAUCUCAAUUGGGUUUGAUGAGCUUAAUCAUGUACAGAUGUAGCUGAGGCCAUUGUCACUGUAUAAAUUAAACCGUUGUUGAUGUAAGACUUUGGAGGAGUAGGGGAUUUUGUAUAGUUAGCUCACAAUUUGUUGUAAUGAAUUCUGAUUUGUACGUAAUUGACCGAGGAUUCAUUUGUACUAUACGAUUUCUUUGCAAUGGAAUGAAUGCUUGUUUUCCUUAAUGGUUUGGAAGAUAAUUUGGUGAAUGUGUUGUUCUUUUUGGUUUUCUUGGUGUUGAUGAUAUGCUCUAUCUUGGUUGCCCUGGUUCUAUUUCUCCAUCUUGUUACCUUUAUGUCCAAAUUUCUCAGGAUUAUGAAAUAGAUGUGUAAGAAAUGUAAUAUAGUCAAUCUUAUGUAAAUGGUAGAGGUCCUUGAUUUGUUAAUUAGGAAUGGAGGCUUACUACCACGAAAAGAACAUCCUCCCCUCUACCGGGGGGGGUGGGGUGGUUGUUCAUCUUUGGCAGGGAGAAUUCAGGUUCAGGGUUUUCGCAAGAUCGAUACAGAUAAGUGGGAGUUUGCAAAUGAAGCUUUCCUGAGGGGCAAAAGACAUUUGUUGAAGAACAUCCAGAGGCGCAAGUCAUCUCAGUCCUUGCAGAUUGGGAGCUUUACUGGGCCUUCUGCUGAAGCAGGAAGGCCUGGACUCGAAGGUGAGAUAGAGUCACUGAGGAACCAGAGGAGUCUGUUAAUGCAGGAGGUCGUUGACUUGCAACAGCAGCAGCGAGUUACAGUUGACCAUAUGAAAGCAGUGAAUAAGAGGCUGCAGUCUGCUGAGCAGAGACAGCAGCAGAUGGUUUCUUUCUUGGCCAAGGUGCUUCAAAACCCAGCAUUCUUAGCCAGGCUUCAACGGAAGAAAGAACAGAGAGGUAUAGACUCUUCCUCUGGGCAGAGGAAAUUUGUUAAGGCGCGUGAACGUGAACUAGUUAGAUCUGAUGCUUAUGUGGAAGGGAAAAUUGUGAAGUACGAACCUGCUUGGAGAAACCAUACUAUGUCGUCUGCAGUCCCAGAUGUAAAUCCAGUUCCUAUUGAAAACUCUCCAGAUCAUGGUAUGCCAUUUCAAUGUGAGAAUAUUGCAUUUGAUGGGUUAACGGUCUCGGAUGAACUAGAAGUAACACCAGAGCAAGAGGGUGAAGGGGCAUCAAGCAUGGUAAUUGAAGAUCCACUUUCCAAAGGCAAGAGUGUUGUGACCCAACAACAAGAGGUUAAUCCCGAGCCUUACAUCUCUUUCCAGGAGGAUUUGAUGAAGGAGAGGAGUCCUUUUGAGGAACUCUCAUUUCCAGGGAUUGAGAGCAUGGUUAAACCAGAUGAUGUAUGGAGUAUGGGUUUUGAUGCCAGUGCUGGUAUGUCAAGUUCUAGUGGGUUUUGGAGUAAUCCGAUCAACUGUGAUAUGCCAGAGAUGGGAAUCCCAGACGGAUUGUUUGAUAUCUGGGACAUAGGUGCACUGCAAGCAGCCGGAGGGUCUGGCAUUGAUAAGUGGCCAGCUGAUGAAUCUGCAUUCGAUGAGCGUGCAAGUCAAGAUGAACAACCAAAAGAUGGAUGAUUAGCUAAUAAUGUUGGUCCAUAGAGCUGCACUUCUUGCCCAUUUGCUGCCCUUGAGGAUCUUAGUUAGUUUUAGUUGCAGGGGUCUAUUAUUUGGACGAUUUGUUGAUGAAUAUAUUAAGUUUGACAUUUCCAUUCUUUCUUUAUCAUUAGCUUUUAUUCCUUUUCUUUAUGAUUUUCAUUCUGAAAUUUUAGUUGUUUCUAUAGGACAUAAUUCUUAUGCAUUCAUAUGUUUUUGGGGGAUUAAGGUGAGGAACCUAUUCUUAUUUGUUUUUGAGUUGCAUGCAUUACUUUAAGGUUCGUUGGGAUUCAAAGUCUUCUUGCUAACAGAUAGUUUUGAGCUGUGAAAAUUGCAGGUCUUACUCUUGAGAUGGGCAGUCUGCGAUCUGUUGGGAGGAAAUGGUCAUACAUACCAGAUUGCCCCUUUCAUCCUGUUAUAUUCCGGUAAGAUAUAUGGUUUUAAGCAUAAUACAUGGAUAAAUGUCUUGCAUUUAUUAUUAUUGUUCUUUUUUUUUAAUAUUAUUAUUAUUAUUAUUAUUUUAUUUUUUUUAUGAAGCUGUCUUUGUUACUUCAGUAGUCCAAAACUACUUGCUAGUCUAGUCUGUUGAGCAUGUUCUUAUUAACUACAGAAGAAUUUAUACUGUUAUGGUAUAAAACUAUAAAUUCAUAGAAUAUAUGGGCUUUGAACAUUUCUAAGUUCAAGCUUUUAGACUGGUGGUGCAUCUUAUAAGGUCAUUUCUUCAAUUGGUGCUUUUGAAUAUAGCCAAGAAGACGCUGAGAUGGAUGAUCUGGUGCCUGGAGCAGUUUGUGAACCUACCUUCUGCUGUUACUCUUUAGAGUAACAUCACUGAUUUUGGAAAUCAGUAUGUCGUUUUUAUUAAAAGGAAACAUGUAAUAUAGAAGGAUGGAGAAGGUUGCAACUGUUCAAUGCACUAUCCUUUGUUUUGAGUUUGUAAAAUUCAUAAUAGGCUUUUUCGGUUGUAAAAAUUAUGAAGAGUUUCAACUUUCAAUUGAACUUUUGUUCUUCAUUGA